AUGACUACUGCUGAUGACCAUCAAAUAUCUUUGCAUUCCUUCCUUCUGCUUAUAUCCUCCCUCCUUUCACUACGAUCAGCUACUACUACUACCACUACUACUGCCACCACUACUACUACUGCUACUACUACUACCAUAACUACUACCACUACCACCACUACUACUACUAUUGCUACUACACUAUUGCUACUACUACUACAGCUACUACUGCUACUACAACUAUCAGCACCAGCUGUUCGCAGAUGUCGCAUCCCUCUCCCUCACUCUUUCCAUUUCCUCCUCAUGUCUUUCACUCCAUAUCCGGUGAAUAAACACUUGACUUGA